CUCUGCUAGUCUACUAGUCUAUUUGUUUACAAUAGAUCGUCAUCAUGCCUUCAGGAGUUAUUUUUAUAGUCUGCAUUCCUUCCAGCAAUUACGAACACAUUAUAAAGUUCGGUAAACCAAAAGAUAUUGUUUCAAUAGAUAAAUCUCCAUCCUACAAACAAUGCCGACUACAAGUUGAACUGAGGAAUAAGAAAUCUCGCAGCAUACCGAUACAUCUGACACAAAAUUAUUAUAACGAAGGAUUCAUUUCAUCCUUAGAGUACAUAACAGAAGAUGAUGAAUACAUAACAAUGGAAAGCAUUUUACAAGAGCUUCUUAGAAAACUACGUGUUGAACAUGCAGUGUGGAUAGGUGACAAGAUGGAGAACUACUUUCAUGUUACGUUCCCUUUGCCGUCUGGAGAUGCGUGUGAGACAAUGUUGCACUGUCUCACCAAACUGGGUAUUGGUGUGCGAUGCAAAUCCAUCGUCAAUGUACUGCCGUGCAAUGUUGUGCAUUCUGCAGUUGAUGAAGAAGACCAAGAUGACGAGGCUCUGUUACGUAAGAACGAAGAGGCGAAGCGCUGGCGCAGCUUCGUGGAAUCAAUUCGGUCAAAGUUAACAGUGAAGCAAGUCGUAGAUGGCGUCCGCGGCGGUGGAGAGCUGUCAUUUGAUUACCUCACAUUAAUUGUUACAGCCGAUUCUCUUGCAGCACUUGGCCUGGUGGAAAAUAAUGCUUCUAACAUAGUAGCAGCGAUGUUGGUAUCACCUCUCAUGGGGCCUGUCAUGUCCAUCACUUUUGGCACCAUCAUUGCUGACCGGAGUCUGGUGAGAAGCGGCUUCGAGAGCUUGAUACUUGGAAUGCUCGUGUCUUUACUGUUUGGAUUUAUAUUUGGACUAAUUCUUGGGACAACUGAAAUGCCCUGGGGGUUUGGAGACUGGCCUACAGAAGAAAUGAAAUCACGUGGUAACGUGAGGUCUCUUUGGAUGGGUGUCCUGUGGGCACUGACUUCGGGAACUGGUGUAGCGUUAGCCCUGCUGCAAGGCAGUGCUGGACCACUCAUCGGCAUCGCUAUCUCUGCUUCUCUAUUACCGCCUGUUGUUAAUUGCGGCUUGUACUGGUCGCUGGCAUGUAUAUGGUUAUUGUAUCCCAACACGAAAAUACCUCACAUAAAAGGGGAGCCAUAUUACGGCAAUUCGUCAUACGUGCCGUUAUAUCACGACUACAUUCCUAUAGAAUUUGCUGUUAAUGGCAUUGUUAGCUGCUGUCUUACUAUCGUGAAUGUCAUAUGUAUAUUCAUAACAGCGAUAAUGUUCCUGAAGAUCAAAGAGGUGGCAGCACCCUACACUUCUACCCCAGAUCUGCGACGCUUUUGGCAGCAAGACAUCAAAGUAGCGCGCGAUGCUAACAGAGCUAAUCUACAAACCGAGGAAGAUGAACGUGUCGAGUUGGUUCUCGAAGAUCUCAAUGAGACUGCCGAUGCUGACGUCAAAGAAAAACUAGAAGCAGCGGUAAAAGAAGCCUUGGACGACGACACUUAUAGGAAAGUAAAGCGCAUGAGCUAUCAAAGUCAUAAUGCCGAUGAGGUUUUUCGCACUAUUGGUCUUCAAUCACGUACUGGCUCUUUACGAUCCAGUAUGAUAAAUUCCGGCAUGAGCACGCCGUUGCAAACGAUCAAAGAGAGUGGUAAUGCAAAUGACAUUGAGGCGUUAGACAAAUUACUCUCAUCUCUUCUCGGUCUUAGAGAAAGUAGAGCUAGAUCGUUUCGUUCAAACCACGGAACACCAACAAUUAGCAGAGUAUCUUCAUUCUUGAAUAAACAAAAGGGCACUCAAGAAUCCUGGCCAGAAAGAAUAUUCCAAGAUAACAUUGUCCGUAAUGUAAUCAACAAUAUUAAGUCUAAAAGGAACUCUCCAGUUGAAGAACCAUUUCUAACUCCAAAUUGAAGUGGGUAUAUAAAUUGAAAAACGUUUAACAUGAAUAAAUUAAUAUUUUAUUAAUUGUAGCACCAUAAUAUACAAUCAUAUUACAAUAGGAAAUGUUUCAAAACAUUUAUCACAGCAUAGCUCUUU